UGAAGCACGCACUAGUGAGUAUUGGAGAAGCCAUAGCAUAAGCAUCAAAUUAAAAAAAAUAUACAUUGAUUUCUCUCGCAUAUGCGCAUCUUAUUUGAAACAUUUUUGAGUUUCGAUUGUGUAUUGUUUCAAAUUUAAAUUAACUAUAAGAGUUUCGUAUGUAAAAAAAAAUUCAAUGCAUUAGUUUUUCUGAUAUCAGUAUGUGCUACAAUUAUGCGCAUUUGACUUUAUAAAAACUGUCGACGACAAAACUAUCUUUACCAAUAUAAAAGUUAGUUUAUUUCUACGUAUUUGUCUGUUUUCAAUCGACAUAAAUUAAGUUUGUGAACGAAAAAAGGAAAAAGAACACCACCACCAACAACACCACUACCACCACCAACAACAACAACAACAACACACUUCGACACACCGAAUCGCUGUUAGUUGGUGAGAUCCAACAAAGGAGAAAAACAGCGAAGAACAGAUAAUUAAAAAAAUGGCGACAGCAUUUCGUAUCCAUGAAGAUAUUGAAAAUGUUUUGGAUGCGGUGGCCCAAAAAAAGGACCAACAUCAUAAAACUACCAGCAACAUAAUUACUGGUAAAAUUAAUCAACAAAAAUUGGAAAAGCAAACAUUGCGAUCUACAUUUGCAAUUUUAAAUAAUGUGAACAGCGAUAAUGGUCGAAUUUUUAUUGCUGCAGGCAAUACAACGCAUGGACAAAAAACGGCGUUCAAUGUGAUGCAAGGAAAAAGUACCGUUUUAAAGACAAACAACGAGAAUGUGGUACCAAGAGUGAACAAUGUCAAAACGGUCACAACAGAAACGUACAAAACAUUUGUUGGUGCAUUGAGUACAGUCAAUGUCACACAAAUCACCGAUGAAAAUCAACCACCUCAAAACGACGAAGUUGAUCAUGCUAACGCCAUUAUUACUAAUUGCAGUUUUUCUGGAAUUAGAUUACCAUUGCAAGAGAUUAAACAGGAUGUCGAGACACCAGUAUGUAUGCAAGACAUUUUAUCGCCGAUGUCAAUUGAUAAAUCUCUUAUUGAAAAUGAAGCAAAUGUAUCUAUUUUAACUGUUGACGAUCAAAUGAUUGAUGCGAAUACCACCGCACUUUCUACCACAUCGUCCAAACGUUUUGCAGCUAAAGAUGAUCUCGAAAAAUUCUUCGAAGUUGAAGAGUAUCGUGAUGAUAUUUUGGAUUAUUUGCGUGAGGCUGAAAUGCGCCACCGACCAAAACCUUUGUAUAUGCGUAAACAGCAAGACAUCAGUCAUUCCAUGCGCACAAUUUUGGUUGAUUGGCUCGUUGAAGUUGGCGAAGAGUAUCGUUUACAAAAUGAGACAUUGUGUUUGGCCGUUUCAUACAUUGAUCGUUUCCUCAGUGUUAUGUCAGUGGUACGUGCAAAAUUGCAGUUGGUCGGCACGGCUGCUAUGUUUAUUGCUGCCAAAUAUGAGGAAAUUUAUCCACCAGAUGUUGGUGAAUUUGUCUACAUCACCGAUAAUACGUACACAAAAAAGCAAGUAUUACGCAUGGAACAACUAAUUUUGAAAGUGUUAACAUUUGACUUGUGCGUUCCAACGACGUCGGUAUUUCUCAAUGCAUAUCCAAUUGUCGAAGAUCUCCCAAAAGAUGUAAAAUGCAUGGCACAGUACUUGUGUGAGUUGUCAUUGUUGGAAGCUGAACCAUACUUGCAAUACACUCCAUCAAUGAUAUCAGCAGCUGCAAUUGCAUUGGCCCGCUUAAAUUUUGGUUUGCCUAUUUGGUCAUCACGUCUCGAGAACUUUACUAGCAUUCAAAUUCAUAAAUUGACCGACAUCAUUCUUCACUUGAGCGAAUCACAUUUAGCUGCAAUAAAAUCACCACAACAAGCUAUACAGGACAAAUAUAAGACCUGCAAGUAUUCAGAGGUAUCAACCCGAACACCAUUGCAAGUCGACGAAAUGAUUUUAGCGGCAGCCAUUCAACAAAUGAAUUCAGAAACGGCUGACAUAGAAUCAGCUGACACAGACAAAGAAUGUAAUUAAAAUGUAAGAUAGAUGAUAUCAUCAUUACAAUUCGUAUCCCAAACAAUCAACAAGGUAGUUUGCGGAAUAGUGUUUAUGCCCUUGCAUGAGAUGGAAAAAAGCAAAAAGUCGAAAAAGUUCGUUGCAGCAAUCGAAUAAGAGUAAAAUAUAGAAUAGAAAAUUUAGAAGAAAAACAUAAAAAACAGACCAAAGGGAAAAAUUCUUACAUUAUCAACAUUCUUUGUACGCAUGGGAUCCAAAUAGGAUUUUAUGGGAGUUUAAAUAAUUCUUGACACCUUCGAUCUAUUCAGAUAAUCCAACUCUUAAGACUAAAUUUAUAAUAAGCAAAUGAUUAAUGAUUUUUUUUUCUCAUUAUUCGCAAGAAAUAAGGACAAAAAAGGAAAUUUUCUUUGACAUAAUAAAAUAUUCAUAAAUAAGCAACAUAGAAUAUUGAACAUUGAAAGUUCUAUUUUUACUGAGAAAGAGAGACAUGUCCUUGUAUCAAUAAAUUCACUGUAUGUUUUAAUGUAGCUUCCCAUGGAAAAAGAGACAAAAAGAACAACGAAUGAAAUACAUUUACAAAACGAGAUCAAUUGACAAAAAUUAUCUUUUAGUUGCUGAUGCCGAUUUUUUCCUCGUUUAACUCAAUUUUACGCUUAAAAAAGUUUUUUUUUUUAAUAUAUAAAGUAUCAUUUUCUUAGUCGAAAUACAAACUUGCACGUGUCAUGACCAUAUGAUGAUAAUGAUGAUGAGGUCAUUCUUUGCUCAUCUCAAUAAGUCAAUCUCUUUCGUUUGUCAUACUUUUUUUAUAUACUCGCGUUAUAUAAAACAUAUUUGAUAGUUUAAAAUAGUUUUUUAAUCGAUAAUAUUUAUUUAUAGCCCAAUUAACUUUUGAAGUACAUGAAAAAGAUGUAUUUCAAAUUUGACAUAAUAUUGUAAGGUACGCAGAGAAAAAACAACAAAUAAAUUAUUCACCUAAUUUAUACAUUUAAAUAAGAAAACCUACAUUCUAAUUUAAAGCUUAACCACGUUUAAAUCAACAUGACACACAAAUAUGCAUUUUUUUUUGGCGGCCUGAAAACGUCAUGUUCGUUAAAUGAAUAUACAUUACCUGAGUAAAAGUAUAAUGAAAAAGACUUUGCAUACGCGCGUUUUUUUAAAAACAUAAAUAAGUUAAACUCAACAGAAAAGAACAUAAUUCGCAUCUAAACAAUAUUUAAUGCUAGUUAUUCUUUGUCUGUUAAUAAUUAACGUAAAAACAAAUCAAUUUAUAUAAAUUGAAAAUAGAGCAGGCAAAAUGUGUAGUAAUUAAUUUAGUUAAGCGUUUAAGCAUGUGUUAGUUGUAACAGCCUGAGAAUGAAUGAGUGAAACUCGUCAAUCAAUUUUCUUUUAAAUACAAAACACAUCUGCAUAUUUUGA